AUGCGACUAUGGGGCGCGCGGUCGGAAAGCGCGGCCACGGCAGUCGGAACGACAUCCUCUGCGCCCGCAACGCCAUUCGCUGGAGCCGAUCGGAGCAGCGCGGCUGACCCGGCUUCGAUCGACAAGCCCGCCGUAACCGAGGCAGCCAGCAGCAAAGAGAGCGACCGCACCAAGGCCGGCGACAAGGACGCGCGCAAAAAGAAGCGGGUGAAGGCGGCAGAUCGCACGCGAUACACGCCUCCGGAGACGCGGCUGAGCGACCUGGGCGGCGUUGAUGCGUGCAUUGAGGAGGUGCUGGAGCUGAUUGUAAUGCCGCUGAAGCACCCUGAGAUCUACCUGCACACAGGCGUGCAGCCGCCGCGCGGCGUUCUGCUGCACGGGCCGCCAGGCUGCGGUAAGACGCUGCUUGCGAACGCCAUUGCCGGCGAGGUUGGCGUGCCAUUCCUGCAGAUCUCUGCGCCGUCGAUUGUGUCGGGCAUGUCGGGCGAGUCGGAGAAGAAGCUGCGCGAGGUGUUUGAGGAGGCGCGCGAGCUGGCGCCGUGCAUUGUGUUUAUCGAUGAAAUCGAUGCGAUCACGCCCAAGCGCGAAAACGCCCAGCGCGAGAUGGAGCGGCGUAUUGUGGCGCAGAUGCUCACGUGCAUCGACGACCUGUCGUGGGAUAAGACCGAUAACCGGCCGGUGAUGCUGAUUGGCGCGACCAACCGCCCCGACUCGCUGGAUCCGGCGCUGCGGCGUGCGGGACGCUUUGACCGUGAGAUUGCCAUGUCCGUGCCCGACGAGGAUGCGCGCGAGCAGAUCCUAAACGUGCUGUGCACCAAGCUGUUGCUGGCCGGCGACUUUGACAUCCGCGAGCUGGCGAAGCGCACUCCGGGAUACGUCGGCGCCGAUCUUACUGCGCUGACCACGGCUGCCGGGAUGAUCGCUGUUAAGCGCAUCUUCCACAAGAUGCAACCCAUUUACAUUGCCGACGCUGAUGCCAAUGGCGAUGCUGAUGUCGGCGCCGAUGUAGACACCGAGCAGGAUAUGGUUGUCGAUGGGCCUGCGCCCGUUGCAAGCACGCCUGCGCAGUGGGAUGCGCGCCCAGCCACCGACCGGCUGCGCACGAUCGCUGCGUUCUUGGAGCGGCACCCCGACCCGCUGACACCGGCCGAGCUGGCCCCGCUUGCAAUUACGAACUCCGACUUUUUGCUUGCGCUGAAGAAGGUGCAGCCCUCGGCUAAGCGCGAGGGCUUCGCGACGGUGCCAGGCGUUACGUGGGAUGAUAUUGGCGCUCUGAGCGCCGUGCGCUCGGAGCUGCGCAUGGCCGUUGUCGAGCCGAUUCGUCGCCCCGAGGUGUUUGCCCAGGUUGGCAUCACGGCGCCGGCCGGCGUGCUUCUGUGGGGCCCGCCAGGAAACGGCAAGACGCUGCUGGCCAAGGCCAUUGCCAACGAGUCGCACACCAACUUUAUCAGCGUCAAGGGCGGCGAGCUGAUGUCCAAGUACGUCGGUGACAGUGAGCGCGCUGUGCGCCAGGUAUUCUCGCGCGCGCGCGCGUCGAGCCCCUGCGUUAUUUUCUUUGACGAACUCGACGCCCUGUGCAGUCGCCGCAGCGGCGACCAGAGCGAGGCAUCAGCACGCGUCGUCAACACGCUGCUGACUGAGAUCGACGGCAUGGAGGGCCGCAAGAGCGUGUACAUCAUUGCCGCAACCAAUCGCCCCGACAUCAUCGAUCCUGCCAUGCUGCGCCCUGGCCGUCUUGACAAGCUGCUGUACGUCGAGCUGCCCACGCCUGGCGAGCGCGCCGACAUUUUGCGCACGCUGUCCAAGAACACGCCGCUUGCUGCCGAUGUUGACCUCUGUGCAAUUGCCUCGGAUGAGCGCUGCGAGGGCCUCAGUGGUGCCGAUCUUGCUGGGCUCAUCCGCGAGGCAUCAGUCGCCGCCCUGCACUCCGUGUUCUUCUCUGAGGACUGUGACGCUGCUGCCACCAGUGCAACGAGCGGCCAUGGCCUUCAGGUGACCCGCGAGCACUUCCGCACCGCGCUGCUGCGCACAUCGCCAUCGGUAUCUGCGGCCGACAUGCGGCGCUAUGAGUCGCUGCGCAAGCUUUACGGAAGCUGA